ACCAUCUCUCCAUAAUUGUCACCAAAUGGAUUUUUCCUCUUCUUGGGCUCUUUUAGUAAUGGCAUCACUAGCAGCCUUAGCCUUUCUCUCAAAAUUAUUACCAUUCAAAUCCCACCAGCUAAAAUUUCCACCAGGUCCCAAACCUUGGCCAAUCAUAGGCAAUCUAAAUCUUAUUGGUCCCCAUCCCCCCCAAUCCAUUCACAAAUUAGCCCAAAAAUAUGGACCAAUUAUGCAACUAAAGUUUGAAUCUUUCCCUGUUGUGGUUGCCUCAUCUGCCCAAAUGGCCAAGGAAUUCCUAAAAACACAUGACCAUGUCUUUGCCUCUAGGCCUAAAACUGCCGCUGGCAAGUACACAGCUUAUAACUAUCACAACAUCACGUGGUCACCCUAUGGUCCAUAUUGGCGACAAGGCCGUAAGAUUUUCCUCUCUGAACUUUUUAGCUCAAAACAACUCGAGUCUUAUCAAUACAUUCGUGUUGAAGAAAUGCGUGCAUUUUUGUCACGCCUUUGCAUCUUGUCAGGGAAGCCAGUUAUGCUAAAAGACCAUUUCUUCCGUCUUACUCUAAGCAUUAUAAGCAGAAUUGCAUUGGGUAAGAAGUAUGUUAGUGAUGAGUCCAAAUAUGAGACCUCGAUAGUGAGACCAGAAGAAUUUCAAGAAAUGUUAGACGAGUUGUUAUUGCUAAAUGCGGUGUUUAAUAUAGGAGACUGGAUACCGUGGCUCGAUUUCUUGGACUUGCAAGGGUACGUGAAGCGAAUGAAGGGUUUAAGGAAAAAAUUUGAUCCAUUCCUUGACCAUGUAUUUGAUGAACACAAGGCAAGGAAGGAAGGUCAGAAUGAUUUUAUGCCAAAGGAUACGGUGGAUUUAUUAUUGCAGUUGGCUGAUGAUCCUAAUAAUGAUGUUAAACUCACUUAUGACUGUAUCAAGGCACUCACUCAGGACCUAAUAGCUGGAGGAAUAGAUACCUCAGCAACAGUUAUGGAAUGGGCAAUGUCUGAGCUAGUAAAGCAACCACACCUUAUCAAAAAGGCCACCGAAGAGCUGGAUAGAGUAAUUGGGAGAGACAGAUGGGUGGAAGAGAAGGACAUUCCACAACUUCCUUAUAUUGAUGCAAUUAUGAAAGAGACAAUGAGAAAGCACCCUAUAGCUGGAUUACUUGUACCACAUUUAUCAAUUCAAGAUUGUGAUGUAGCCGGUUACAAAAUCAGAAAAGGAACUAGAGUCUUCAUAAACACAUGGAGUAUAGGGAGAGACCCAUCUAUAUGGGAUGCACCAGAAGAGUUCCGACCAGAGAGGUUUUUGGGUAAAGAUAUCGAUGUGAAUGGACAAAAUUUUGAACUAUUGCCAUUUGGUUCUGGAAGGAGAAUGUGCCCUGGCUACAGCCUUGGACGAAAAGUCGUUAGCUCUACCUUGGCAAAUAUGUUACAUGGGUUUAACUGGAAAUUACCAGACAAUAUGAAAUGUGAAGAGUUAAGCAUGGAUGAAGUUUAUGGACUCACAACAUGCCGUAAAUUCCCACUUGUUGUAGUGAUGGAGCCUAGACUCUCACUUCAUCUUUAUUAGUUGUUAAUUUCAUAUGCAAUAAAUUUUGUUUUACCAACCUUUUUGUUAUUAUAGAUUUCAUACCCAUGUUGUUACUCCAAGCUACAAAAUAAUUGGGUCGUAGUCAUGAAUAAAUGUCUUUUCAUUUCUUUUUUUGGGGAAUGUUAUUCAUGUAUAUGUUGGGCCUUUUGUUUAAUAAAUAAACCAAAAGUUUUACUAA